AUGGCAGACACUGUCCUCCCCCAAAACAAUGGAACGCCUAAAAAGCAGCUUAUCCUGAAUGCCUUUGUAAUGAACACCCCCGGUCAUCAGGCUGCUGGGCUUUGGCGCCAUCCACGCAACAAAACAGACCAGUACAAAAAGCUUUCGUUCUGGACAGACCUCGCACAGUUGCUGGACAAAGCUGGGUUCCAUUCCAUGUUCAUCGCCGACACGCUUGGUCCGUACGAUGUAUACAAAGGUCCAGGAAACGUGGGACCGGCAUUGGCAGCAGGCGCACAGUUUCCGGUCAAUGACCCUCUCUAUCUCGUCCCUGCAAUGGCCGCCGUCACGAAAAAUCUCAUCUUCGGUGUAACGGCGAGUCUGACUUAUGAGAAGCCCUAUGCAUUAGCUCGACGGUUCUCGACCGUCGACCAUCUUAGUGAAGGCCGAGUCGCAUGGAACAUUGUAACGUCGUAUCUUGACAGUGCGGCCAGAAACCAUGGUCUUAAAGAACAGAUUCCCCAUGACGAGCGUUAUGCCAUUGCACACGAGUACAUGGAAGUAGUCUACAAGCUCUGGGAAGGCAGUUUCCGCGACGAUGCUGUGGUUGCUGACAGAGAAACCGGUAUUUAUAUAGCGAAUGAUGCUGUGCGACAAAUCCAUCACAAGGGGAAAUAUUUUGAAGUUCCAGGACCUCACUUCUGUGAGCCCUCCCCACAGCGCACUCCUUUUCUAUUUCAGGCCGGUGUCUCUGAAGCAGGAAAUGGAUUUGGCGGAAAACAUGGAGAGGCUAUCUUUGUUGGAGGUCAAGUGCCCGAAGCAGUGCGCACAGUCGUCGACAACAUUCGCGCCAUUGCGAAGAAAGAGGGCCGUGAUCCCAGCCACAUCAAAGUUCUGCUAGCAAUCGAUAUAAUUGUAGCGGCAACGGACGAAGAAGCAAAGGCAAAGCGAGAGGAAUUCCUGAAAUAUGCAGAUUCCGAAGGCGCGCUAGCACUCUUUGGUGGAUGGACCGGUGUUGAUCUAUCCAAGUACUCGGAUGAUGAGAACUUUCUAGUGACAGACUCGCCACGUAUCCAGUCUAUGAUUCGGCGAUGGGCAUCAACUGUGCCCGGAACAGAGAAUCAACCCUGGACAAAAAAGACGAUCGCCGAAUACUUGAGCGUCGGCGGACUGCAGGCAAAAUUGAUAGGGGGCCCAACGACGGUAGCCGACGAAAUCGAACGUUGGGUUGACAUAACUGAUGUCGACGGGUUCAACCUCGUACAUAUUACAAAUCCGGGUUGUUUCGAAGACAUCGCCGAAUAUUUGAUUCCGGAGCUGCGACGACGUGGGCUGUUCAGAAACAGCGUGGAGAAUGAAGGUGCCACUGCGCGAGAGGUCUUCAUUGGAUCAAAGAGGCUCCCAGAAGAUCAUCCAGGAAGUAAAUAUAAAUGGAGGGCGGGGGAGAAAGUGCCUCGGUAUACGGAAUUUGAGACCGAUUGA